GCAGUGGCGUUCAGUCCUGCACGACAGGUAGUCUACCAUCUUUAACUCAGUCAUAGGGAGACCGGGAGAGGCGCGCCGCGUGCACUAAUCGGGCCACUGAAUCUGAGAGGCCAAUUUCGCCCUGACCGAGCAGCGUGAGCAUUUUGAAAACGGUUUGGCGAUUAUUGGUAUAGGCUCCAUUUCGACGCACAAACUGUCAAAGCUCUGAUCAUGUGAUUGCGAGGACGAGGGCUUGUCUUCUCGUCCGGAUGUGUCGGUAGCCUACAGAGGGUACCAAAGCCAGAGCGAGGUUGGGGUUGUGAUGCAGCAGUGUUUGACCGCUAGUCACGAAUGUAGGGCUACACGUCUCAUUGAAUAUAUUGGCUAUAUUUAACCACCUCGUGUGGCAGACAGAUGCAAUUUUGUUAUAGGUUGAGAGAGAACUGAACAUCGUCAGCGCUGACACGCGCAUCACGGUCCGCUUAAUCUGGUGCAGUUAUUGAAUCGUAUCUCUCCUUUUUUCACUCCUCUCCUCCUCCUCUUCUCCCUUCUUUCGGCAUCACCUGACAGAGGCUGCUGAUGCUGCCGUAGCAAUUACCGGGACUGGGCUGUGUGUUAUUUAUCCCGGGCUAGAUGCUGUGAAUUAUUCCGCAGGAUUGUGAUUUGGGCUACCGGAGGGAAGGCAUCAUAGACAUUGCAUUUCGUUUGCUCCGGUUUGAUACCGUCGCUAUCGUUAACAUUGCUUAGGAAAGAAAAGGACGUAUAGCCUAUUGCAAACACGGCUGCUCUGUACGCUAUUGGAGGUAUUCCGGGGACAUUCGCAAGUGACACGUGCCAAGAGCGAUGUGUCUGACAGACGGCCAUUCAUAGCCUACGAGAGAGGUGGGAGGGAAUUAUUUCUCACAUACGCGAGUUCAGGAGUCGCCAAGUUCUCACGAGUUAUCAGUUAGGCUAAAUAUAGGAGCGAACUUGCAGAUAAGCUUUUGACCAUCCAGUUUAUGCACCAGCAUCGGGAUGCGACGUCAUGAGUUGAAUAUGCUGGCCAGAUGUUGCCUUUGAUGUGAUUAAAUGAAUCUAGACUAGGCCUACUUUUGGGUGCUUUUCUACAGCAGAAAUAUCUACUGACUCCUGCAUUUCUUAACUAUUUAAUUAGUCAGUGCCCCCCGUUGCUUGUCUACCUAAUUGAAUAGGCAUAUCUAGGCCACAUCAUAAUACCAGGACUGGGAUACAACACAAACUGUGCUACAAUGAUACCCGGAUCGGCCGCCUCGAUGCUCCCAUCCAUGUCGUCCGAUGACAUUAAACUAUACCAGCAUAACUACGUCCGCAACUCCCGUGCCAUCGGACUCCUGUGGGCCAUAUUCACCAUCCUGUUCGCCAUCUUGAACGUGGUGAUCUUCAGCCAGCCCUAUUGGAUCGGAGACGGCGUGGACACCCCUCAGGCCGGCUAUUUCGGCCUCUUCCACUUCUGCACCGGCGACGGGAUCCAGAGAGAGCUCGACUGCACGGGGACCUUCACCGAGUUCGCUCAGAUCCCUUCCACUGCGUUCAAGGCGGCGUCGUUCUUCGUUGGGAUGUCCAUGAUGCUGGUGAUGGCUUGCAUCGCUUCCUUCACUCUCUUCUUCCUGUUCUCCACCACCACCGUCUAUAAGAUCUGCGGCUGGAUGCAGGGGGCCUCGGGUGUAUGUCUGGUGAUGGGCUGUAUAAUCUACCCUGAUGGCUGGGACAGUGACGAGGUGCGGAGGAUGUGCGGGGAGCAGACGGACAAGUACAGCCUGGGAGCGUGCUCCAUGCGCUGGGCUUACAUCCUGGCUAUCAUGGGGGUCCUGAAUGCCCUCAUGCUCUCCUUCCUGGCCUUCGUACUGGGCAACAGGCAGGACGGACUCAUGACCGAGGAACUGCUGGCCGAGAGCAAGGAAGCUGGGAAUGCCUAGAACAACCCAUAGUGUAUAUGUGUACCUUUCAUCAUCACGCUCCAGCGUUUUACCCAUCACCCCCCAGAAGAGGAUGACUCUGGCACACCAUGGCUGUGAGAGAGAUCAAGAGGAGAAGAGAGAGAGAGAGAGAGAGAAGCUAUGUAGCCAGAUGCAUCCCAUUCAUUCACACAUGCACUGUAUUCUAGCUCUCACCUUCUAGUCUAUAGUGGAUCUGCCAAUGAUAUGUACAACUCUAUGGUAUUGGCCCCGCUCACGGUCAUACAGUCUCUCUACCUCCACUAUCACUGAACCGCUAGGAACCCCAGCAGAGACAAGACAAUCUUCGCAAAGCCCGAUCAUCGACCAAGACAGAGACUUUGACUGACCAACAGAAGACGUAUGGAAUAUCUGCAAGAACAUGGAUAAAGAACUGGGUUGGAGUAUUGUACUGAUAAACACAUAUGGUAUUAAAAUUACACACGUACAGAAAUGCACGUGAGUGAGAAAAACACACACGCACACUCAGACAUACACGCAGACACACACAAACACUCUCACACGCAGACACUCAUGUAGACAGUCACAUUUGAACACAUAAAUGGCAUCCUUAGACCUUGUAAUAAAUCCCUAAUGCUAACGCAUUAAGCAACAGUAGAUACUGUAUAUUAGUGUGCCAUGUCAUUUCCUGAAUAUAUGUUUGUUUUACUUGUGAAAAGAAGGAAAUCACCUAUUCUCAUGUAAUAUUGGGAGAAACUUUAUUAUAUCUCAACAUAAUGGGUGAACUCUUAUAAACAAAACAUUUCCCUCCACCUUAUCCUCCUCCUCUUCCUCCUCUUCCUCAAUGUCCCUCUUUACUAGAGCACUGUUGUCUGUGAGUUGCUAAGGUUACUGUACAUAGAUAUUCACUGGGGGGAAAAAAAUACUACUUUUACAAAGUUGGGGCCGAAACAUGUUUAUUCUAAAAUAUCAAAAGAAGCACUAAUGUAGGAAUUCAUUUUGUAACUCCAUUUCAAGCGUGUCGUCGAUGCCCUGCUCAGCUCGUUUUACACAGUACUUAAUGAACUUGUGUCUCAAUAUUUUGUAGUUUGUGGUACGGUAUAUUCUUCUUCACUGUGAUGGGUUGAAUUAAUGACUAUAUGUCUGCUUCAUAUCUUGUAGCUGCGGGGGGAAUGUGUGUGUGAGGAUGAGUGUGUGUAUGGGAUAUGAGUCUGUCCAUGCAUGACUGUCUGUGUGUGUGUUUGUUUAAUGCACCUUUUUAGUAUACCAACACACUAGCCUCGUCUCAUACUGAGUCUUGUACCAGUCAAAAGUUUGGACACACCUACUCAUUCAAGGGUUUUUCUUUAUUUUAACUAUUUUCUA